AUGCAUAUACGGCCCUGUUCUAUUGUAAAAUAGACCAAGUACCUUUCAUUGCAUCUCUUUAUUGCAAUAGGUUAUUGUCGUAGGAGGAAAAAGGAACAGCUGAACACAAACAUUGUUACAAAGCUGGAGCUUUGUACGACAGGGAGAUUGUGUACGAGUUUCUUGGAUUUCGGAGAACCUGUGACAAGAUCUUCUUGAAUAUGUCGUGUGUUUAUACGGAUUCUAGUGGGAUGUGGUCAUGAUCAAUACGAUUUCGCUGAUUAGGAGGUAGCAAAGUCGAAACAUAAGAUUCCACGGCCCUUCAAUUCCCCGGCACACAUUUGGAAGUAAAAAAUGGCCGCCGAAGGACAUCAGGCGUUGAGUGUUUCGUGGUGUAUUCGUGCCAUUGCACUAUGGCUUCUACUCAGUUAUGGACACUGCUUCGAAAUGGCUUGUAUAGAAGUAAAGAGAGCGUUUACGGAAAAGGGCUUGGAUGGAGAUCAAGUUCCCUUGCGUCCCGUUACAGGAGCCUCCUUGGACAUCUGCCCGAAGCAGCAGACAUGUUGUACGAAGGAAAUGGAGGAGAAGCUCCAGAGUCUCAGCAAGAAGGAUCACACCAGGCAGCUGGAGGAGGCGUACAAGAUCAUCAGGCUCACCUUCUCCUCACGUACACGCAAGUUUGAUGAAUUUUUCACAGAAUUGUUGGAUAAUGCCAGAAGAGAUCUACAUGAAAUGUUUGUUAAAACAUACGGACUGCUAUACCAACAAAAUGCACACAUAUUCACAGAUCUAUUCGACGAUCUGAGAGGAUACUACAAGGGCAAGGACAAAAACUUAAAGGAUGUUAUGGAUAACUUUUUCAGCAGACUUUUACAGAAAAUGUUUGAACUUAUAAAUACUCAAUACGCCUUUGACGAAGAAUACAUGGCAUGUGUCACGGAUCGCAUGGACGAGUUAAAACCUUUUGGGGAUGUACCUGUGAAGCUGUCCAUCCAAGUGAGGAGAGCAUUCAUUGCAGCUCGGACAUUUGUACAGGGACUUGCCAUUGGACGGGACGUCAUUAUGAACGUUAUGGAGGUACCCGCCACGGAGCAGUGUACACGAGGGCUGAUGAAGAUGAUGUACUGCCCCCACUGCCAGGGGCUGGUUAGCACCAAGCCCUGCAACAACUUCUGCCUCAACACCAUGAAGGGCUGCCUUGCCUACCAGGCAGACAUCAACAGCGUGUGGAACGAAUAUAUCGAUGCCAUGAAGAUGCUGGCCGGGCGUCUUGAAGGGCCGUUCAACAUUGAGUCUGUGGUGGAUCCUAUCGAUGUCAAAAUAUCCGACGCCAUCAUGAACCUGCAAGAGAACGGCCAACAAGUUUCUGCCAAGAUAUUUGCUGGUUGUGGUACCCCAAGACUUGGUCGCAGGAAACGUGAGGCACAGAACUACGAGUACACUUUUACCUUCAAACCCAAUCGAGCAGCUGCACGGUCAACAACUGCAGCUGGCACCAGCCUUGAUCGACUUGUACGAGAUAUUAAAGAACGUGUCAAAAUGGCAAAGGAUUUCUGGGUACAGCUUCCCUACACCGUCUGUAAUGAUGAAAACAUCGCAGCUUCACCGAUGAAUGACAACGACUGCUGGAAUGGACAAGACCGAGCAAAGUACAUACCUAACGUCCAGAAGGAUGGAGUGACCAAUCAAAUCAACAACCCAGAAGUGGAAGUGGACGUUACCAAGGCCAACACAGUUGUAACCAAUCAAAUCAUUCAGCUCCAGAUUAUAACCAAUCGUCUCAGAAGUGCAUUCAAUGGACUUGAUGUUGAUUGGAUUGAUACAGAUAUCGACGGCAUGAGCGGCAGUGGCAGCGGUGCUGGAGUUGACGAUGAAGACACCAACGGCAGUGGUUCAGGAAACGGUUAUAUGCCACCUUCAAUCGGAGACGACAUUGACAUCGAUAGUAUUCCAAAAACGAACGGUGGCAGGAGGAAAACAACGAAGAAACCGCCACCAAGUGGUAGCGGAGGGAAAACCAGGAAACCACAGAAGCCCCGCGACCCCACGACGAGGGACGAAUCAGGCUCCGUGGUGCACGCCGCGUCAGUGUUUAUGUUAGUCAUGGCGGUGGGAGGACAGGCAGUGCUUCAAUACUUGCGGUGCUGAGGAGGACUCUUUUGCAAAUCCUGACAGAAUUUUCGAUUAUUUUGGUUGUCAAAGAAUCCACAACAAACGAAAGCAAUACUGUCAACAUUGUGCCUAAACUAUUGUGUCUGGUGCUCUGUACGGGCGGGUGUGACGUACGGACAUUUGUACGGAUAUCGGGCGUCAAUCUGGACAUUCUAUGCUGGGUUGGAGGACGUGAUAGCGAGGACCCCUUCUCAUUCAAGUGCUAAGUGAUUGAGUUGACUAUAAGGGCUGAAUUGCAAAGAUCAAAAGGUGCGCCAAAAAUGUACAAAAUCUGGAUAAAUUUUAAACAACAUUGUGCUGUGAAUAUUUUUCCAAUUUUUUUCGAGUCCUAGAUUGUCCAUGUGUUAUUAUUCUAGAUGACAGUGUAUAUGUGACGUUAUAGGACUAGCCAUUUAUUAUGCAAAUGAGGCACAAACCAAUAAUGUGAGUGAUGUUUGGGAUUGCAACGAAGAUGUUGUCGAUUACGAGGAACGUGGUUGACCCAAGUCCACCACCGCAGCUGUCCAUGAUGGCAUAGCCCUAGCGCGGAGGAAGACAGAGAAUCGUGUACACACGAUUCUGCCGUUUUCCUAACGACUUACUAAGACAAUCAUCUUCCUGGUUGUAACGUGUGUUAGUUUCCAACUGGUGUAAUUACAAGGCAAGCUCUUCCAAGCAAUCUGCUGACAAACAGCUUCAAGUGGAAAUACCUUUCAAAAGGGAGGACAACGGAACAGCAAACUACCUCUGACUAUUCUCAACUCAUUAGUCCAGCUGAAUUUUCUCAGUCAAUGAAGAUCAAAACGAAACCCAUCUGAGCUUGCCUGGCGCACAGAACCAGUUAGACUUUGCCACAAGACCUCAUGUUUUGAAAAGGGCAUCUAUGUUUCCAUGGCAACCCGUAUCCAUGGUAAAUGGGGAUGGAGUUGCCGUAUACCCCACCACACUUCUACUACAAUGAUGACUUACCUCAAAGGGGGUGGGGAGCAUUUAUGUAAUGCCAAGACCAUACUUUUAUUUCAUAUAUGUUUAUUAGUUUUUUUAAAUGGCUUUACAUGUAUGUUUUGUACGUCGAAGAAGAUCACAAGGAAUUCGGGUCAAUUGCAUUUUUAUCCCUUUUAAUUUUACAACCUGUUAUGAUAGUUCAAAUCCUGAGGAAUUAAACAGCAUUAAAUUGUCAAUAGAAUUAAUUUUUUAAUGCUAAGGUAUAUUUACCUUUUUAUUGUUCAGUGUGUAUAGCAUGUGGACUACCUAUGGUAUUGAAGAUCAUGUGAGGGUGUCCGUGUGUAAGGGGGUGGGUGUAUGGUAAUAGACCCACGUGGCGUGUCACAAUAUAUGUAACUCACAACAAUCCAUAUUAACAAAUGUCGCGGUGAAAUGUAUCUAAAUAUUCAAAGUCCAUGCCAAAGAAAAGCCAGACUUGAUUUUCACCUAAAACAGAUUCCAUUGGAAAUAGAAGGCAAACUGGAUGUAAAAGACCUUGAUCACUGUGAUUCAGUUAUGAAACCUGGUGUUCAUGGAUACAGUAAGCAUGUGCUCCCCAUUGGUAGCACUAGCCAUUCUCACAAUUAGCAUGAACAGAUUUGUUUGGUACCUGAUGAAAUUUCUAAAGUCGGUUCCACAAGUGGUGGCACUCCAAGUCAGAAAAUGGGAUCAAAAGGAUCUCCAAAACAAAGUUUAAAAUGUGGUAAUUUAGAUUAUAAACUUCUGCUUUCAUAGUUUUGAUUGGUAAAGGAAAGAAAAGACUUUUUGAAUGGAGUUGAAAGUAUUAUGAAUCGUGGCACCCCUGCAACCAACAUAUCUGUAGCAUGGCGCCUUCACUGCAGGGUAUUAUGGUAAUGGACGUAUAAGGUGAUUCUGUUUUAAUUGGUCUAUGGGUCUGCAAACCCCCAGGAAAAGAUACUAAUAUGUAAUCAGGAAAUACUCUGAAAUCCCGAGAGGUAUAUGUUUUAUUUUUCUACUUUUGUGUUCACAUUAUGGACCUAAAAGUUAUGCGAAUCAAACACUGAACAUAUUUCUGAAUUUGUUCUAUGAGGAACAUGAAAUGAAAUGGAUUUUGCACGAAAACAUCUUAAUCCAAUUUAUAAAAACACAUUAGGCUAACGUAAGGAUAGAAGGUUUAAGAAAAUUAAAAACUUGUGAUUCAGGUAGCAUGUCCCUGAUGGUAAAUUGCAGAUAGGUUAACGACAGUAUUGUACAACUUCAGGUUAAUGUUACAGGUGUAAUACAACACUUCAGAUUACAGGUGUAAUUUCAAGCUGCAGGUGUAAUCAGGCUGCAGGUGUAAUACAGUGCUGCAGGUGUAAUACAGCACUCCAGGCUGCAGGUGCUCUGACUGGAGGGUUGUGGUACCUGAACCACUAGUGUUCAUGUUUGGCCUUCGAUGACGAACUCCUAACCAGACCUUCAUUGUGACUAGUUGGAAAGUAUAAGUUGUUUGUUUGUAACAUGUGAUCAUUAGCUACUUGAUUGUGUAUACAGAUUGUCCGUAAAGCAUGGUUUUGUAACGUGUAACACUAUGCUAGAAUGAAGUCGAUAGAUAGGCAAGACUUGCAACAUGUUGAUUAAAAUUAGGCAUGGGAACAUGUCAAAAGUUCUUUUGUCAUAAAAUUGAACUAGGAACUGUGUCAAAGAUGUAUUUGUCAUGAAAUUAUACAGCAAACGUUUUGUCAUUUGCACACUUAAAAGGGCAUUUUAUGAGCCCUCAAAAACACAUAAUAUGCGUACAGGACGAUAAGUGCCUUCAUCAUUAACUAAGUCGGACAAGUUGAAGCGAAUGUUGAUAAAUAGAAACAGGACAUAAAGGUCAAUAGCACUGUGAGCUUUGAUAGCCAGUCUUGUUUUCGUUUGCGAAAAAUACGAUAUGAACUUUUGAUAGAGUCCCUGUGCAGUUUUACUCAACAGAAUGAUAUGUUCGGCUUGGAAGAAUCAACUCAGAGGUGGCCGCCCGCCCACUACUGGGAGUUGUUUCCUUACUGUAUACUUACUAUGAGACUAUUUUGUACAAAGUCAUUGUGUUGAGGAGAUGCAGAUCUAAUCACUAGGUAAUGUCCCCUUGUUUAUGUAUUCUGUGUCAUGUUUAUUUAAGUAUUCUGAUAGACAAUGUUUCCACUGCUCUGAAUGAAAGCACUGUACCUACGAUAAAUAGUAACCCUGUUUCAGAAUGACAAUUUCCAGAAAUACACUUUAGUGGGAAUUUUCCACUUUAUGUAGUGAUUGUUUGACAUGUUGAAAUAUAUUCUUUCAAUGUUAAAAGUGUUUUGGAAAAUGAUAUACAACAUCAAAGGUUUUUGAUAAUGUUUAUUUUUAGUCAAAAGUCUCUUAAGACAAAUUUUAUGCUGAUUGAUUUGUAGAUGCCCAAAAUCAUCAAAAUAAUUUAAUUGUAUUAUUUAUAUACUGUUUACAAUAUACAGGACUUAUAAGGGGCGUUUAAAAGAAUGUCCCCUCUCUAAGCAAGGGAGGUGAAAGGAAUGGCUUGUUAGUCUGAAUGUCAUUGGCUGGUUUUAUGGAAGGAAACCAGUCAGUUGUUGUUUAUGAGUGACGCUUGUUUGUACAGUGGCUUUGUAUAUGGAUAUAUCUACCAAUAAUGACAGUGUGCUACCAAACAUAGACAAUAGACCUUGUAGACAAUCUAGAUAUUGUCUCAAGUUGAUGUAAACUUGCAAAGAAUUAUUUCAAACAUUGAAAGGGGUGUCUCUUAGUUUUACAAAUGUCACUUUAAUUUCUAAUAUUUAGCAUAUGUCAUUGUAAGGCCCAGGUGAAGAGCUUGAGAUAGAUUUUUAAUGUUAUAUUCCACCCCUUUUUGUUGUUCUGUAUGUAAGUGACAGACAUGAAACGUGUCCGUCAUGUUUAGAACAUGUGUAUAUUUCACACCACUGUAAUGUUACUCUUUGUACACCAGAAUUGCCAGAUCAUAAAUCAAAUAAAAUUGUUCAGGGUAAAUUUGCUAUACGUGAUGGCAACAAGUGUACAGAGGUGAAAUGUUGGUCAGAUUGUCAUGAUGUUACUUAGAUCCUACUCCAAGUAUUACUCUCACCAUCUCUUGUCUCAGUCUAGAUUGUCCUCGUUGUCUCUACCUUAAACUGCAGGGCUCCAGAUAAUUUUUCAACAUCAGGAGUACGUACUCCUUAUUUUUUUUAAAAUAGGAGUACUGGAAAAACUUACGAGUACAUUUUGAGUACUGAAUGGAAGUAAAUGGAGUAUCGGUAAUCUUGUGUUUUGUUGAACAUAUAUGCACGACAAUAUUGCUACUCUUCUGUAAACAGGUACAAAAACAAUAAAACAAAACUUUUUCAGAUACAUAUGUCUGUAAAUGAUUCUUAGACCGUACACCAUUGCUGUGGUGCGUAUCUGCUAUAAAUUAUUUCCUACCGUGCAUAUUUUUUAUCCGUAUAUAUGCCGAUACGCCCUUAUCUUGAGCCCUGUAACUGCCUUCUUGUAUUCAACCAUUUUGAAAAUAUGUUUGGAUAUAUCUUUCAUCAAUGGAUAACAAAUUCUUUGUGUUUACUUUUGAUGUUUUAAGCAGUGUUUAUUUACUCUCAUUUAACAAAAGAUGUAUGUCACUAAAUAGGACCAGAAACUCAGAGUAGUGUCCCCUUUUUUCGAAACAAUUUUGAAUUUCAGUUUGAUAUUAACCCUUUUUUGUCUCCAGAAAGAAGAGAUCUGUUAGUUUCUCCUGUUAUCAAAAGCCUGCAUAGGACAGCCACCUUAUAACUUUACGGCUGUUUGCGAAGUUAAACGUGGAUCCUGUUUCAUUAAGGCUCUGGCUAUCAUCCUGACAACUUGCUAUAGCAUUAACCCUUUUUGUAUUAAGACUAUUGCUGUCCAAAGGGGCAGGUCUCCACAUUGUCUUUAUGCCAUACUGUUGUUAGGAGACAUGCUUUAGUCAGUCUAAUUUUCUAUCAUAACAGCAGGACACCAAUAGCCCACCAUUCAAGUGCAGUCAUGUAUAUGAACCAUUUGGAAUAAACAAAUUAUUUAUGAUUAUA